AUGGAAAGUAUUAGCAACAUCGCUUCCGCUGCCUCGCGAGCGAUAUGGGGAGAGCAAGGACAGCACCAAGAUACCGUGGGAAGCUAUAAUGAUGCACAUACCACGAAGACGAAUGAAACCGGUGGCAAGGAACCGAUUUCUGGCGAGAUGGGAAAUGUAGCCCGUGGAGAGCCCUACGAUAAGGGAAACCUUGACCCAUCUACAACAAAACUGGAUACCACUUCAUCUUCCGUAGAUCCAGUCGCUACCCCAUAUGCUACAGGUUCAAGCUCAACCCCAUCCUCCCGCAACCCAACCUCCACCACCACCAAUCCGUACUCCGAGUCCCGCCCCGCUGAAACCUACAAUUCAUUCUCUGAGUCCUCUGCCGGCUAUUCGGGGAACAACCCUUCUACUUCCGCAAGCAACGUAGCUGUUUCAGGAUAUACUCCUCAUUCAGAGAACGGCCCUACAGGCCCCCGUCACGCCGAGAGCGAAACCGGAAAAACGGCGAAAUCAUCCUUCAGCAACCUAGCAUCCCCAACCUCUACUGUAGGGCCCACAAACGCCAACGACAACAGCGGCCCUGGAGCUGCCCCCUCCGUAGGCGCUGAUGCUUCUAGCGGUGCUAGACCAAAGGUAAAGCAGCAAGGCGCUGAUAAGCCGCAUGAUCAGCCAGACUCGGUGGAGAGGAAAAAGAUCCAGGACACGAAGCAAGAAGCGGAAGAUGCUGCUGCUACUAGCAAGAGUGUAGACGGGCCAGGACCGAUGUCUUUGGAAGAGAAGGGUCGUAACGGUGGGAAUGCUGCUAGUGGAGGUGACGAAGUGGAUGGACAUCAGCAGAAGAGUACCGGCGAGGGAACGGGCGAGAAGUAUGUUAAGAGUUCAGGGAUGAAGGCUGAGGGUGGAGAUUUUGAUGCUGCAAAUCCCGGUGCAGGGAAAGAGGCUGACCGCCUUCUGGAAGAGAAGGGUGUCCACAGAGAGGUUGAGGCUAAACACGCCUCCGACGAUGCUAUUCCUAGUGGCGAGACAAAGCCGCACAAGCGCGGACUCGGCGAGAAGAUUAAGACGAAGCUGCACAAGCACUGA